CACAGUUUUUCCAAGAGGUUUUGAAAAGCGUUUUCUGUGCCGAUGCGGGUUAAAACUAUGAUUUAACAAGCCGCCAACAUGGAAAGUUUCGCCACGGUUGCUGGCGAUGCGCCAGCCUUCUUAUCCUGCUCGCCCCCAGGCAAUUCCGAUCCGAAAAUCAUUUAUCUUGACCGCAUAUGCCGGACUUGCUUGGAAGAAAAGGAGAAAGACCAACUGAAGGACUUGUUCGAGUAUUGCCUCUCCGAGAGUAUCAUGAGCUGCACGAGUAUUUCGAUAACCGAAUCCGAUGGACUACCGUGCCACAUCUGUCUCGAUUGCUGCUCACAGGUUGAGCGAAGCUGCAAUUUCCGGCAUAUGAGCGAACAGUCCGAUGCCACGAUCCGAUCGCUGAUUGAACAAUCCGUCGUCAUCAAACAGGACAGCGAGACCAAGUACGAGGUGCUCAAUGUGGUGCUGACCGAUUCCAAUGGUAACACCGAAACCUCAGCUGUCGUUGUUCCAAUCGAAGAGUUUCGCUUUCAACUGCUCAACAGCAGCGAAGUGUCUGUGGAACAAUACGACAACAAGCCGACCGAUACUGUCCCCGCGGUGGACACUCCGGAGAUUGCGGAACCAGAGGAACAGAUCACGCUUCCCGUGAAAUCAACGGCGAAAGAAUAUGAAGAUCCUUACACCAUCACGGUCAAUCCUAAUGAGCUGCUGAACGAACUGUCGCAAACACCGCCUCCUGAGAGCAAUCCAAGGGAAGCUGCUGCUGUUGCUCGGGGGGAGUCAGCUUCGAAGGAAUCAACCAUUUUGAAGAAUCUCAAGAAGGAGCUAUCGGAGUUCAUCGGUAGUAACUGCACGAUCGUACCGAAGGAAACCGAGAUCGUCGACGAGAAUGAGGAUGAUGAAAUGAUUCACGUGAACUAUCUCAAAGAUGCCCUAACGGAGGAGUACAUUCAAAUCAUGGAAACACAAUUGGCAUCCUCCGUACCCAACGAUGCUCCAGGAACCGCUCAAGAACAGCUGGAACAGGAGCACCUGAACAACCUGAUUAGCGCCUCGAUGGAAGCCGAAGGAUCGCGACCCGUGGUGCACAGUGCCGAUACCGAAGAGCAGGGCACGCGGUACUGUAAGCUAUGCGAUGUUAAUUUCAGCGAGCGCAGGCUGUAUCGAGCGCACGUGAAAAGAAUACAUUCCGAAAAACGAUAUGAAUGCACUAGCUGCUCGCGGAAGUUUACGGAAAAAUCAAUGCUGAACAGUCACCUCUUGCGGCACACAGGAGAAAAGACUCACGCGUGCAGUGAGUGUAAUGCAAAGUUUUACGAGCGAAACACUCUGAACAUUCACAUGCGAACACAUUCCGGUCACCGGCCGUACGCCUGUGAGCAUUGCGACAAGCGGUUCACGAAGAGAAGCAUCCUUACGACGCACCUGAAAGUGCACAAGGACCCUCGCCCUCACGUGUGCCCGGUGUGCCAGAAGGGUUUCAAACUGUCCUGGCAACUCAAAGCGCACACACGCAUUCACACGAACGAAAAACCAUUCCAGUGUCCCCAGUGCCAGAAACGGUUCAAUCAGAACGGCAACCUUAUCGUCCACAUGCGUACACAUUCUGGCGAAAAACCGUACCAGUGUAAAGACUGUGAUAAAGCCUUUCCCAGCAAAGGCGAACUGGCCGGCCACAUACGGCAGCACACGGGAGAGAAGAAGACGAAAAAGAUCGCUUGUUCCCUGUGUCCGAAGCUGUUUGCUGCCAACUAUGAACUCUCCAUUCACAUGCGCACCCAUAACAAGGAGCGACCGUUUGGCUGUACCGUUUGCGGGAAAAGUUUCCUGAUGCACGUGCACCUGACGGUUCAUAUGCGAUCGCACACCGGUGAAAAACCCUUUGCCUGUACGCUGUGCGAAAAGGCAUUCACAACGCGCUAUCAGCUGAAAACACACAAUUAUGUCCACACUGGCGAGAAGAAAUACGAGUGCGACGUGUGCCACCGGAAGUUUAGCAGCUCCACCAAUCGGAACUCACAUCGGAAGACGCAUGAUCGGACAAUUUCCUGACAAAAGUACAUGUUCGUAGGUUAAAAGACAAAGGAGGGGAGAGGUUCCGUUCGGUAAGAGUUAAAACGAAGAUGCUUUUUUUUUAUUGAACAAAUCAAGAAAUAGAUGACCCCAUCUACAACGUUGGGUACGAUUUGUGGAGUGAGUCGGUGUGUAGAACAUAGCCCGGCGCCCAACAAAUCUCCUGCGGCUGUGUAGGAAUUAGAAACAGAAUGUAUUCUGCGCCAAACUAAGCU